CACAGAUGAUCAGUGUGCCCUGAUGAUCUGUGUAGCCCCAGCAGUGCCACCUGUGAGUGUCCAUCAGUGCCAGCUCUCAGUGCCCAUCCAUGCCACCUGCCAGUGCCCAUCAGUGCCACAUUUCAGUGCCCAUCAGUGCCCAUCUGAGCUGCCUUUCACUGUCACCCAUCAGUGCCAUGUGCAUCAGUGCCUGUCAGUGCUGCCUAUCAGUGCCAUAUAUGAGUGCUGCCUUUCAGUGCCCAUCAGUGAUGCCUGUCAAUGCCCAUCAGUGCCACCUACCAGUGCUUCCUCAUCAGUGCCCAUCAGUGCCAUCUAUCAGUGCAGCCUCAUUAGCGCACAUCAGUGAAGGAGAAAAAUCACUUAUUUACAAAAUUUUAUAA